AUGCCCAUGUCUGUGGAGGAGGUUCCUCAGGGCUACGCGAUAGUAGGGGGAAGGUUCCAGGACGCCGAUGCGGCGCCACCAGUCGUCGAUUCAGAUGCAUCCAAUCACCAAAGUCGAGAAAUGGCUUCGGAGUCGGAUAUGUAUCCAGAGAGACGUUUGCCCGUCAAUGAAGUUCGGCAACUCCCAUCCCCAUCGCCAUCUCCAUCUCCAUCUCCAUCGCCCCGAAGCUCGUCGCUAUCUCUAGUCAUACCUGGUACCUUAUCUUCCAAUGCAGAGGAGCGUAAAUUCCCCAAAUCAUCCCCGACGGCCGAAGUGCUAUCUUCGACGGGGAGUAAAGGUGUGAUCGCGAGCCCAUCUAUAUCCGCAUCGAAGAUUAUACCCGGCCAUGAGCUUCAUCACGAUUCUGUGGAUAGGGUUGGGAAGCCUGGCAGGUUAUCCUUGUCGAAAGCCAACGGAGAGGUCCUGAAAUUAUCGGCUGCUCAAAUGGAAGAGUUGACUUCCGCGCCAGAAUCGUUGCCUAUAACAUCUCCCGCGAGGUCGCCUUUUUCUCCACAGCCAUCACUGGCCGCUUCCCCGAUUUUUGAUCGCAGAGCGUCAAUGUCUGAGACUACCAGGCCCGAUGAAAAUUAUAAAAGUUCUGUGCAAUAUAACAGCUCGACUGGCUUUGAGCCGUUGAUGAGCGCAUCAAACUCCACUGGAGAUCGUCGUCCAAGUAUAGAGACAACGCCAGCAAUUUCGCCAACCAAUGUUAUUAGCAGGCGUCCUGGCUUUUCAUCACGUUCUUCCGCCCAGCCUACGAACAACAACCGGGCGGCAUCCUACCACAGAGGAACGUCUCGACAACCAUCACCCAGACGCAAACCAGCCCCCAAUGGAGCACGCCCGGAACAUCUGGAUAUAGAUAUUCCCUUCAAACCUUUGCCAAACGGGCCAAACCCUUCAUCAGCUCUGAGGCCGCCACCUUCCCCAAUCCCACAGUCUAUUCCUCUUCCGCCUAUGUCUAUACCAACAUAUUUACAAUUGGAACUAUCAUCGUCAAGGCCUUCGCCUUUGUACAUUUACCGAUCUGCUAAUAGCGAUAUUCCUUACGAAUCUUCGAAAAUAAAGUUCGAGCGCUUACUGAAUUUCCUUUUAUUGCCUCCGCAGUUGGAGCAAGUGCUUUAUUUUGGCUCAUUAGCGUGUCUUGAUGCAUGGUUAUAUACCUUUACCAUUCUACCUCUUCGGUUUUUCAAAGCGCUGGCAGUUUUAAUCCAGUGGUGGGGCGAGGUACUGGCAAAAGAAGCAAGGUUCAUCCUGGGAUUUAUAUAUCAUGGCGCUGGCCGUUUCUGGCAUCGCCAACGUGGAAGGUCGGAUAGCGUGGAUUCUUCAGCUCGCUCUAGAAGUGUAUCCCGAGUACGCCAGGCGGGAACCUCGCGAAUAUCAUCAUAUCAAUCUCAACCUCAUUCAGGGAGGAUCCUCGAGAACGUCAAUGGCAAUGGUGUUCCAGAACGUGCGUAUCCUGAAUCGGGACCCAGACCAUCGAGACAAGGCUGGGGUCGCCGCCAUCGGCGAAUGAAGUCUCAUCCUUCAUCAUUAUCUUCAAAUCACAAAGCAGAUCUUCUUCAGGGAGCAGUCAUAGUAUGUAGCUGUCUUAUUCUGAUGAGGUUCGAUGCUAGCAGGAUGUAUCACAGUAUCAGGGGCCAGGCAGCUAUCAAGCUCUAUGUUAUUUAUAACGUUUUAGAGGUUUGCGACAAAUUGUUUUCUGCCCUGGGGCAAGAUAUAUUUGAAUGCUUAUUUUCUAACGAGACUUUGGAUCGAGACUCCGAUGGCCGUAGUAAGAUAUUACGACCAUUAGGCAUGUUCAUACUUGCACUCAUAUAUAAUGUCAUCCACGCCGCAGCCUUAUUCUAUCAGGUUAUUACGCUGAACGUCGCAGUCAAUUCAUAUUCGAAUGCGCUGUUGACGCUUCUCAUGUCAAAUCAAUUCGUUGAGAUUAAGUCUUCAGUGUUCAAGAUGUUCCAGAAAGACAAUAUCUUCCAAUUAACUUGUGCUGACAUCGUUGAACGAUUCCAGCUGUGGUUGAUGCUGACAAUUAUUGCUUUACGAAACAUCGUGGAGGUUGGUGGAUUGAGUAUUGUUGCUGGUGAUGGUGGGGCUGGAGAUUUGUUGCAGGAUGCAGCUGCAUCACUCAAGUCGAACUCUAUCCUACCAAAUAGCUUCACCAUACUUCCUAGCUGGUCUGGCGAGGUUCUUUCACCUUUCCUGUUGGUGCUUGGCAGCGAAAUGCUAGUAGAUUGGGUAAAGCACGCUUACAUCGGUAAAUUCAAUCGUGUUAACCCGGCGGUCUAUCAACGAUAUCUUGACGUUCUCGCGAAGGAUUAUUAUACAAACGCUUUUAUUAAUCAAAAUCUCAUCAAACGUCUGGGCCUCCCCGUAAUUCCUCUAUCAUGUCUAUUCAUACGAUCCUCUGUCCAGACAUACCACAUGUUCCUCGCGACUCACGUUCCGCCUCCGAUACCGUCAACUGCAACGGCAUUGUCUGUUGAAUCUGCCACUUCGUCCCCAGCCACCAGAGCCGCCCUCGAACACUUCGACAACAUCAUCCGACGAGCGCUUGGCAGAUCUACCUUCGGAAUCCCCGACCCUACUACAGCCAGCCGCUGGUAUCUACCCAGUGCAGAUGACGCCAUCGCAGCUUUGACGAUGCUCAUCUUCUUCCUCGGCGCAUUUUUUGUCCUCCUCGCCCUCAAGCUCGUUCUCGGGAUGCUACUGUUGAAGUUUGCGCGGAAUAGAUACAGUACUAUGAAGACGAGAGAGCACCAAAGUUAUGAUACAGAAAGCAAAAGACUUGGUUCAUGGGGCAUGACCGAGUUGGAUGAGGAGAAACGCCGGCAUAUCUUUAACGAUGAUCCGGAGGCUUUGAGGAAAUUGAGAGAAAAGGAGAAGUUAGGGAGAGAGAAAGCGGCCGCGGGAAUGGACUUUUCGAAAGUUAGUCGAUAUGAGAUGUCAGCGAAGAGGAUAUGGUAG